UCAAGUAGUUACGGCAGUAACAUGCUACCAUGCUAACCCCGGAAUGUUUACCGGUGAAAAAACGGAAAACCAAACAACGGAAACGGUAGAAAAGGUACCUCUGUGAGCAAAGACCAGCCGCAGAGACUGAUGGGAAACUAAGGAGAAAGUUUUAAAGUUUUUAACAGACUCCGUUCACCCGCCUGCUAGCUCUAUUGCUAGCCUGCUAACGGCUAACCGAGCUGUUAGCAGUAAAAAAAGUUUCAGAAGCUAGCUGGUAGAGGUGAGAGAGACCAGGAAUUAGACGGAUCCAUGACCGUAGAGGGAGUCCGGCACUCCCCGAUCCUGUCUGCCCUGUUCAGGAUGACGGAGGACUCCGAGCUGCUGGGGGCCGCGCAGUUUAUUAAAGAGCGUCUGUACUUCGCCACAUUACGUAGCAAACCGAAAAGCACUGCCAACACACACUACUUCUGCACCGAUGACGAGUUCCUCUACGAAAAUUUCUAUGCAGACUUUGGUCCUCUGAAUCUGGCCAUGUUGUACCGAUACUCCUGCAAACUCAACAAGAAGCUGAAGUCGUUCACUCUGACCAGGAAGAGAAUCGUUCACUACACCAGCUUCGACCAGAGGAAGAGAUCCAAUGCUGCCGUGCUGAUUGGAGGCUACGCUGUGAUCUACCUGAAGAAAACUCCAGAAGAAGCCUACAGAGCUCUGAUCUCUGGUUCCAAUGCCUCCUACCUGCCUUUCAGGGACGCUUCCUUUGGGAAUUCCACCUUCAACCUCACAGUGCUGGAGUGUCUGCAGGGCAUCAGGAAGGCCCUGCAGCAUGGCUUCUUCGACUUUGAGUCCUUCGACGUGGACGAGUACGAACACUACGAGCGGGUGGAGAAUGGAGAUCUGAACUGGAUCGUCCCAGGGAAGUUUGUGGCCUUCAGCGGACCUCAUCCUAAAACCAAGGUGGAGAACGGUUACCCUCUCCACUCGCCUGAAGCCUACUUCCCGUACUUCAGGAAACACAACGUGACCGCCGUCAUCCGUCUCAACAAAAAGAUCUACGACUCCAAACGCUUCAUGGACGCCGGCUUCAACCACUACGACCUCUUCUUCUUAGACGGCAGCACCCCCAGUGACAUCAUCACACGCCGCUUCCUGCACAUCUGUGAGAGUACGGAGGGAGCGGUGGCAGUCCACUGCAAGGCUGGUCUGGGCAGGACGGGCACUCUGAUUGGCUGUUACCUGAUGAAACACUACCGCUUCACAGCAGGUGAGGCCAUCGCCUGGAUCAGGAUCUGCAGACCAGGCUCUGUGAUUGGACCGCAGCAGAACUUCCUGGAAGAGAAGCAGCCAGCAAUGUGGUUGCUAGGCGACAGCCAGCGUUCCCAGAAGACCAAGCUGGAGGAGACGGCGGUGUCUCACCUCAUCACCAGUAUGGAUGACCUCACCGUAAACUCCGCCCACAACAAUGCAAACUCCAGCCACAACAACAACAUGUGCAGAUCCCCGAGCAGCGACCGUCUGACCGAGAGUGAGACGGACGGCGGACCAGGUCUGACACAGGGAGACAAACUGAGAGCCUUAAAGAGCCGACGGCCCCCCCGGCCCGCCACCACCGGAGCCCUCAGGGUGGAGGAGGUGAAGAUGCACAGCAGAUCCGCCUCUCAGCCGCUCAGAUUGUCAAUGGGUGUAGUUCAGGGCCCCUCGUCCCCACUCAAGUCCUCCAAGUUCCCAGCAUCCUCUGCUUCCGCUGCAGCCAAGAGGAUUGGAAGAAGUCCGUCGUCAUCGGCAUCCAACAUCAGGAGCUCUCGGUUGGCCAGCUCUCUCAGCGAUCUGUACACCGCAGACGUGGAGGAGGACAAAAACACUCCGUACUCCUCUCUUCCUCCCCCCUCUUCCUCCUCCUCUGUGUCUCUCAGUGCCUCCUCCUCCCCUCUGGCCCCGCCCUCUCUUUGUCGUUACGGUAAUGGCCCUCGCAGCGUGACGCACGAGGUCAACAACAACGGCGGUCUGUACGGUGGCUCCGCGGCGCCCCCUGCAGGGAAAAGCUCUGGCUUUGUCCUCAGCAGCAGGCCGGGGCCUCAAGACUUCAGCCCACUUAGGGGCCCGGGGCCCUACAGUGCUCUGAAGGGCCCAUCAGGACGCUACCUGAGUCGCUCCAUCCCUUCUCUUCAGUCCGAGUACGCCCAGUACUAGAACUGCAAGUCUGACCUGAGGACACAUUACCCACAACCCCCCUGUGGUGCUCAAAGGGAAGCUAACACAGCAGCAGGAGAUGAGCUCAGUGUGGACUGAAGGCGCCGAGGCCUGAACAGCUGCUGUCUGUUCUGAAUGUAAAUACGAUGUCUGUAAUCUACACGCGUGACGCAGAACCAGAUAUAUUUACACACACAGAUUUUAUAAUUCUUAUUUGUGACAGAGGAAAUAUUUUGUUUUAAAGAGGUUCGUUUUGAGAGGAGCUUUUUGAUAAACUGAAGGAUCGGCUGACGACUCUCAGUCGUCAUGGUUACAGUAUUUACUUCCUGUUACUGCUCAGUAAACUGGCAGGUUGUGUUGAUGAGACUGGUCAGUGUUCCACAGCAAUAAUAUAACAGAAGAGGAAGAGGAAGACGAAGAGGAAGAUGAAGAAGAAGAAGAAGGGACAAACUCAGGGGAUCACACCUGUGUGCGUGCGUGUGUGUGUGUCUUUGUGUCUGUGUGUGUGUGUGUGUGUGUGUGUGUUUGUCUCUGUCUGUGUGUGUGUGUGUGUGUGUGUGUGUGUGUGUGUUUGUCUCUGUCUGUGUGUG